AUGCUGGCCGUGUGGCCUCCCCCGUCCUCGGCGCUGUCGCAGCCGUCGUAUUCGAGCCUGAACACGCCUAUAUUCCCGAGCUUGAAUUCGCCGCCUUUACCGCCGCCCGUUUUUCCGUCUCUGAACACGCCUGCGCCGCCCCCGCAGCCGCCGUCGUUCUCAACAAACCAUUCGCGCGCGAGCUCGGGGAACAACUCCCUGUCGUUCUCGGCUUCCGCUUAUCCUCCAUACGCGCAUCCGAACUCUGUACUGACGCCCGCCCCCUCCCCUUUCCGGCGUCCGUCGCCUGCAGCACGCUACAGCCUCCACGACCCCGCGAAUGCUCAUUCGAGGAGUACGAGCACGCACGAGCAGUUCGUGUAUCACCAGCACCCUCCGCAUCAUCAACACCACGCGCCCCCUCAACUUCCCACCGCCGGCCUCGGCCUCCCGCUCCCGCCGCUCAACACGCAGCCGGAACGCAUCAUCGCGCCGACGCCGCUGACCGCCAGCCUCAACCCGCACGCUAAACCGUUCGUGUUUGGGUCGCGUGCGCCUGCUGGACCGCAGACGGCGCAUCCGCUUGGUGUGGGCCAUGCGGGCGCGCAGGGCAGCUUUGGGCCGGGCGUGAACCACGCGGCGAGCGGAUCGCUGGGCAGCGAGAAGCCGCUCAACGCGCACAGCCAGCACCCAAGCGUGUCGUUCGUGCCUACACCCGCCGUCAGCUCCGCAUUCAACCCUUCCAAAGCACCCGCCACUGCCCAUCCGCUCGGCUCUGGCGCUUCGCUCGCGAACGGGCUGUCUGGAUCGAGCUCGCCGGAGAAGGGACACUCGCGCGCGGCUAGUGUUGGGAAGCCGCUUAAUGUCGCGGCGCCUGAGUUUAAGCCUGUGGGCACGAUCCGCGCGGGCGGGUUUAAUGUCGCGGCGCCGGAGUUCAAGCCUGCGUUCAACGUCGCCGCGCCGGAGUUUAAGCCGAGCUUUGCGCUGCCUAGGCUGGACCCUAUACCCGUCGCGCCUCGUCCCUUCUCCAACUCGAACUCCAAUACGAACUCGGACAAGGAGAACGUCGCUGGGCUUGGACCCAAGCCGGUAUUGGGCGGCCUGGACACGACGGUCGAUAAGCCGCUCAGCGAGUCCACGCCCUUCACGUUCCGCGCGCCUGCGGGGCCCAGUGUGCCGCAGUUCACGUUCCCGCAGGAUAACAUGUCCUCGAUCAGGUCGACGCAGGGCCGCGAGAAGAGGCAGAGACGGAUGAGCGAUGUUGGUCUGGAGAGCGAGGAGGAUAUGGCGGAUGAGGAGGCCGAGGCGGACGAGGACGAGGAUGAUUAUGGGGUGCGGACGCCGGACGAAGAGAGGGCGAAGAGCUUCAGGUUCCCCCCGAAUGCGAAUGUGGAGAAGGAGCUUGGAGCCAGUACGAGCACCUUUGGCGGGGUGGCGAGUCCGGAGCCUGAGGAGGAUCUUGGGACGGGCGCGGCGGUGUCCGCGAGGAAUAUGGGCAUUAAUGGCGCACACGAGCUCCCUGUCCCACCGUCUAUGUCGCGCGCGCGUCGUGCGCCUAUUCCGCUGGACUUCAAGCAUCCCGUCAGCACAAACACGGUGCCCGCGGGUCUGUUUAAGGCGCUCGGCGCGAGCUCCGGCCCGAGUACCGAGGACGAGCGCACGCGCCGCGCCGUACGCAGCCGUCUCGGCUCGCGCGACCUCGACGCCAACUCCCGCGCCGCCCUCUCGCGCUCGGACAGCCUGGACGACGUGCAUGUGCCCGCCAUCAGCCGCAAGAUCUCGCGCGGACGGCUUGUCACGGAUCCGGUUGUCCAGCCUACACUGCCGACGCUCCCGGGUGGAAGGAAUCACCAUCGGCGGUCGAGCUUGCCGGCUGUGAGCACGAGCAGUCUUUCGGAGGCUGCUGGGCUCGGCGAUGCGAAUAUGAGUGUUGCGCAUAGGCUCGAGCUGUUGAACCAUGUCGAGGACCGUCUCGAGGCGCUGCUCGAUGCCAAGCUCGGCGCGCUCCAGCUCGACGAGGUCUUGACGCUCUUCAAAGCACAGCUCGAGGACGCGGCUGCUAUUGGCCUGCGCGAGCACGAAGACUCCCAGCGCGAUGCGAGGGGCGAGCUCGACCUUGAGAUCAUCCGCGACACGCUCGAGCAGAACCUCGCCGACGCGCGCGCCGCGAUGCGCAUGGACCUCGAAGAAGCGCUCGCUGCGCACCGCUCGGCCGUUCAAGCGCCGACCCUCCCAUCACUAUCCUCCCUCACCGUCCAGUCCCCAUCUUCAGAGCCGGUCGACUACGACGCGCUCACGACGCGCCUUGCACAGGCUGUGAAGCCGCAUAUCAGCCAGCUCAUCGACCUCGCGAGCGAUAAGCGCGAGACGGCGGCGCUUAUUGUCGAGGCGCUCAGGCCGGCGCUUAGCUCGUUGACGCCCGUUCCGCCACGUGUGCCGACGCCGAAGCCGCCUGCGCCCGCGUUCGAUAGUGCGGCGUUGUUGCAGGAUAUCAAGACGAUCGUUGCACCGCUCGAUGCGCAUGAGCUCAAGGAGCACGUCGCGGAUCUCGUCGUUGCGCGCCUCGAUGCUCGUCUGUCGACGCGCGACCGUACUAUUGAUAACUUGCCGGCACGCGUGGCCGAGCCCGUAAAGGAGGCUGUCAACAUGCUCUCCGAGCUCGCUCGUUCUCAGGAUGCACUUGCAACACAUACUCGCAGCAUCCCUGAUGAAGUCCGCGCCGCGCUCGCUGCUGCUCUGCCGAAGGACCAGCCGAUCACUAUGGCCACGCUCUCACGCAUCGAGGAGGCGCUUAAGCUUCUCAGCGCCGGUCAGAAGACUCUCGCAGAGCAGUCAAAUGGCACAAUGGCUGUGCUCGGUCGUCUGGGCGCUAUCCCCGACGCCGUCACUGCUGUCGAGGCGCUACGGACAUCAUUCGCUUCGGCUGCGACCAAGGACGACCUUGAAGCUCUCCGCUCGGCUCUGUCAACAAGCAACGAGACACAGCUCCAGCUCGCGAAGGCCCGCGCACAGUACGGUAACGCACGUGCUGAGAAGGACAUCCUUGCCGAGCUUCGUCGUGAGAGCGAUGCUGAGCGCGACCGUCUGCGCUCACAGGUUGAAGAGCUCAACGCCGCACUCGUGUCGAGAUCAACAGAGGCUGCGGCAGCGCAGGCUAGGUCAGCGGAGUUGAAUGAGGCGCUGUCACAGAGCCUGGCGAGGUUGAAGGCCAGUGAUGUUGCGAACAGCACUCAGGCGGAGAGGAUUGCAGAGCUCGAGAAGUCCAACAGAGCGCUUGCUGCUGACAAGGAAGCUAUGGGACUCAAGGUACAUGCGGCAGAGAUGCAGGCUGCCAUUGCCUCCCGCGACAAGGAAGCAGCUCAGACCGCACUCGCUGAGGCCCAACGCGAACGUGCGGCACAACCCGAGCCCAGCAACCACUACGCAGAACUCCGUACCAUGAUGGAGGCCCUCCAAUCCCAACUCUCCCAACGCGAUGAGGGUGAACUCGCCGAUGCCCGCGCCGCCCGCGACCGGGCCAAGGCGCUCGAGGGCGAGUACGCCGCACUUCAACGCCGCUUCCGCGACCAGGAAACACGCGCAACGAGUGCAGAUCGUGCAGCAGCACAAGCGCGUACCAGCCUCCAGCAGGCGCAGGCCCGUGCUGCCGAGUGGGAAAAGCGUGCUCGUGAUGUUGAGCAUGAGGCGCAGACUGCUCAGGCUCGCGCUGAGGACGCCGAGUCGCGCGCAAAGGCGCUCGAGGCUGACCGUGAAGUGGACAAAAUGCAAUCAGAGGAGAAGGACGCGCAGGAGCGUUUGGCUCAGAACCGCGAGUCGAAGCUCCGCGACCAGGUCGCUUCUCUCGAGAGCGACGUGGCUCGUCUUCGCGGCGAGAUCACCCGCUUACAGGCUGAGACUGCGCAAGAGCGCGCCAAAGCCAAGGCCGCCGCUUCACAACCCCCGCCGCGCCCCGACUCGCGCGCAAGCACGGCGUACGGCGGCUCUCGUGCGGCUACGCCCGUGGGCGUCAAGUCUGUCGCCGCGCCCUCCGCCCGCAGCAACACGCCGCCGACGUCCUCCAUCUGGGAUUCGAUCCACGCACCCAAGGGCAUCGACGCGCGCUCGCGGUACAUGGCCGCUGCCGCUCUCGGUAACGGUAUCCCGAAGAAGGCACCGCGGCCGGGAGGCUACUACUCGCGCCCAGCGGCACCAUCACCAACGCCGAGUGUUGUAUCUGUCGCGCCGACGCAGGGCGCUGAUGGAUGGUGGGAGUAG